CUAAGCUUAAAGUGCUUACAACGAUAAGUGGAUUCGAAUAGGUUCCACCAGUGAAGCAUGUUUCAAAUUUUGUAUUUUUUUCUCCCAAAAUAUGAAUACAGAUAAUCAAACAUAAGAUAUUUGUACAAAGUGAGCCAUAUUGCAUUUAGAAAUAAAAUUAAUCUGAUGUAAAUCCCUGACCACUUAAAAUUCUUUCACCCAAUUCGGUUGACCUGAGUGGGUUUAGAUUUUUUUAGUUGCCUCUUUUGUUUUGGUCGGUAGAAUUUGUUUUUUCACUCAGAAAAUAGUUCCUUUUCACUGAAUGUUGGUUUUGGUGUUAUCUUUGACCGUUGAUGUGGGAACACUCAGCGAUAAUGAGUGUAGGAAACUAAGAAGAUAGAGAGGUAAAGAUAAAAGCUUAUACAAUGGGUGGGUAAAGUAGAAAUCUCUUGAUUAUGUUUUUGAUGAAUGGUGGGUGUUGAUGCUCUAAGCAAAAGAUAAAAUAAAUAAUUGUUAAACUAACCAUUAAUUUCGCCUUUGCUUAUAAUGCAGGGCACUGAUGCAUCCCCUCUUAGUGGUGGCGGCAGAAUUUUUGUGAACCUGAAAGAGAUGGAAAUCUGAAUAACUUUGCUGUAAGAUAUGAUUACUAUCCAAUACAUAUCCAUAUGUUCAUAUGAAUUUCACCAAGUUUGAUUUGCUAACAUUAUAGCUUAUAUAACAUAACCAUGCUAUAUAUAACUUCUCGUUUAUUAAAAAUAAUAUAGGUAUUGUUAUAACUGUAAAUUAAGUGCAUGCAUGUCAUGUGUGAUGAAGAUCUAUUAUUAUGCUUUUUGGGUAUAUUUUUGAUCACAAAGAACUUUUUUUUAUUUUGAUCGCAAGGAACUUUAAUUUAUGUAUAGUGUUUGGUUUUGUGCUUGUCAUGUAAAACUGAGGUUUUAUCUUUGCUUUCCCCCAUACAUCUAGUCAGUCAUACGAAAGAAAAUUGAAGAUUACAUUUGACAAAAAAAAAUGAGACUGCACAUAAAAGUGGGCUAGAAAUUAAAAUAUACAAAGUGAGCCAAAAAUUAAAAAUAUACAAAUUGGGCUAGAAAUAAUAAACAAAUUAGGCUAUGGGCUAUAGACUGAAAGCCCAAGACGGCAUGUGAUAAUGACUCCCGAUGCGGUUACCUUAAUUGCGGUUUAAUGCUAUAAUCCCAUACCGGACUUUCCGGUUCGAUAGAUCUUUUUUUUUCCCGGUUCGAUAGAUCUAUAAAACUCGAUAUCCCUUCCCUCCACAUUCACUAACCGACAUGGAACAACCCCGGCAAACCUCGACGGCGUCUCAGCCACCGGAAACACCCUCUCAACCGUCGGAGCCAGCUCCAAAACCGGCGGUUUUAUCCCAGAUUCAGCAACCUCCUUCCACCAAUCCGAAUCCCUCCUCCGCGUCCUCUAUCACCUCCUCCCCAGCCCCGCCAUCGCCGUCGCUCAAUCCAAACCCUAAUCCACCUCAAUACACACGUCCGGUGACAUCUCCGGCGACGCAACACCUCCCCCAGUCUCUGAGUCGGCCUCCUCCGCCGUCGUACUCGAGACCGUGGCAACCACAUUCCUCAUACGGUCACUUCUCCUCCUCCGCGUCGUCGUCUCCGUUGCUAUCUUCCUCUUCAGCUCCAGCCUCUUCGUCUUCUUCGUCCCUGCCUGUUGCUGGACAGCAACGAGGCGGUAUGGCGAUCGGCGUUCCAGCUUCUCCGAUCCCGAGCCCUUCUCCGACUCCUUCUCAGCCUCCGGCGUCUGCUUUUCCGGGGUCUUUUGGACAGCAGUACGGCGGAUUGGGUCGUGGAAGUGUCGGAAUGUCGGAAGCGAGCUCCAAUUCAAGUGUCCCGCAGGGUAGGAUGAUGCAAGGAACUCAGGGGAUGGGAAUGAUGGGGACUAUUGGCUCAGGUUCUCAAAUGCGGCCAAGUGGGAUGACUCAGCACCAGCAGAGGCCGGCUCAGUCUUCUCUAAGGCCAGCUUCCUCGCCGAGUAGUCCGUCUCCUGUUCCCCAAAACUUUCAAGGGCAUAGCCUUAUGAGACCUUCAGCUAUUGGUUCUCCUGGUGUCCAAUCCACUGGUGCAGCAAAUCAACCGUGGUUAUCAUCUUCUGCCCAAGGGAAGCCUCCUUUGGCACCCCCUUCUUAUAGACCGCAAGUAACUAAUCCCUCCAUGCCACAAAGAUCCCAUGUUCCUCAGCAUCAUCCUUCCACUUCACCAGCGGCUUCACAGCCUCAGCAACAACAGCAUCAGCUUCAGCCUCAAGAGCAACAUCAACAAUUGAGAUCUCCGCAUCAGCCUUUACCUUACUCACAUCAACCGCCCCGGGUCCAAGGGUCGGUGAAUCAGAAAGCUGCUUCUCUAGCAAUGCCGAACCAGCCCCCUGUGACCCAACCAGGAAACCAAGCUAAAACAGUUUCAGCAGAGAAUGAGGAGUCUGAUGAUCGUAUUCUGGGGAAAAGAAGCAUCCAUGAGAUACUUCAGCAGAUUGAUCCGUCAGAGAAAUUGGAUCCAGAGGUUGAAGGCAUCCUUGCUGAUAUUGCUGAAGACUUUGUGGAGUCAAUCACAACUUUUGGCUGUUCUUUAGCCAAGCAUAGAAAGUCAGAUACUCUAGAGGCUAAGGACAUCUUGCUCCAUGUUGAAAGAAACUGGAAUAUCAGGCCUCCUGGUUUUAGCAGCGACGAGAUCAAGACGUUUCGAAAGCCAGUGACCACAGAUAUUCACAAAGAUAGACUUGCCGCUGUAAAGAAGUCUAUGACGGUAACGGAAGCAGCAAACGCCAGGUUCGGAACGGCUAAUGCAAGAGGCGGUCAGGCAAAGACGCCUGCUAAUCCAUUGGCCUCUACAACUUUCAAUCACUGAUGUAUUAGAAUAACCCUUCAAUCUUGUUGUAUUGUAGGAAAUUUUCAAUUCAAGGUUAGAAACUUUUGUAACUUUAUCUUAAUUCCCUAAUUCUGAAGGUUCCAGCAUAGAUC